AUGGAUGUCCUUUUCAAAAGUCAGGGGAGUCCCCUUAACUACCUCUGCGGCAAGACGGAUAAACUAAUGGCUAUCAUAGGUGGCCUCACCUUUCAUAAUUCCAAGCAGAUGCCUCAGAUCUUAAAUAUGUACAAGAUGCCACAGCUUCACUCCUACCUGAAACACAUCCACUUCAACAAUAGUGCUGGGGAAGAAAUAGCUUUUGAUGCAAAUGGAGAAUUGGCAGCUGGAUAUGAUAUCAUCAACGCAAUCACAUUCCCUAAUCAGUCUGUCCAUAGAGUCCGUGUUGGAAGAGUGAGCCCACAGGCUCCUGAAAGCAAACAGUUCACCAUCAAUGGAAGUGCUAUAAUGUGGAAUCACAAGUUUGACCAGGUGGGGGUCAUCCCAAAAUCCGUAUGUGUUGAGAGUUGCUAUUCUGGACACAGUAGGAUUGCGCGACAGGGGGAACAGAUUUGUUGCUAUGAUUGUCCUAAGUGCUCUGAAGGAAUGAUUUCAAACCUGACAGAUGCAGACCAUUGCAACAAGUGCCCUGAGGACCAGUAUCCAAAUGAAAACCACAAUGCGUGCAUCCCUAAAUAUCUAGUCUUUCUAACAUACAGAGAGUCCUUGGGAAUACUUCUAACUUCAUUUGCUGUUUUAAUUUGUCUGAUCGCCCUCUUGAUAAUAUGGAUCUUCAUUCAUCAUAAGGAGACUCCCAUUGUCAAGGCCAACAACUGGAACAUCACAUGCACACUCCUCAUUUCCCUAUUGCUUUGCUUCCUGUGCUCCUUUUUUUUCAUUGGGCAGCCUGGGAAGGUGACCUGCCUUCUCCGUCAAACCAUAUUUGGGAUUGUCUUCUCCCUGGCUGUUUCUUGUGUGUUGGCCAAAACCAUCACCGUGGUUCUGGCCUUCAUGGCCACCAAGCCAGGAAACAGGGUGAGGAAAUGGGUGGGGAAGAGACUGGCAGGGUCAGUCAUCAUCCUUUGCACUCUUAUUCAAACUGGCAUUUGUGCACUGUGGUUGGUAACCUCUCCUCCCUUCCCAGAGUUUGACAUGCAUUCACAGACUGAACAGAUCAUUGCUCAAUGCAAUGAAGGAUCAGCCCCCAUGUUUUAUACUGUCCUGAGCUACAUGGGGCUUCUGGCCAUCAUCAGCUUCACUGUGGCUUUCUUUGCCCGGAAACUGCCUGAUACUUUCAAUGAAGCCAAGCUCAUCACCUUCAGCAUGCUGGUCUUCUGCAGUGUUUGGUUAUCCUUUGUCCCCACCUACCUGAGCACCAAAGGGAAAUACAUGGUGGCUGUGGAGAUUUUCUCUAUCCUGGCCUCUAGUGCUGGAUUAUUGGUUUGCAUCUUCCUCCCCAAAUUCUACAUUAUUGUACUGAAACCUGAACUGAACACCAGGGAUCAGUUAGUAAGGAAAAAGAAUCGUCAUUUCUGA